CCCUGGCUGCAAAUGGCCUGAGGGCCUCCGAUUUGUUCAGUGGGCGAUGAACACGCAGGUCCACGAGGGAAUCAAAAGGACCCCUUUCGAAGCGACCUUUGGACAGAAACCUCAUCUCGGACUUCGCGACUCCAAAAUUCCCAGGAGCAUCGCAAAAACCCUGAGAACUCAGCAGGAGCUCGAAGAUCUCGCAGCAGCAGGACCGUCUCGUCGCGACGACUCACCGCCAGUCAGUGCGGACUGCCCGUCGGUCAGCAGGCCGCCGACCUCGCCGACUGCAGCGAGGCAGCCACCACCGGGAACAGGGUCGCCGUCAUCGUCUCCGCCACCGCCACCGGACAGUGAGUCGCCGCCACCUCCACCGGACAGGGGAUCGCUGUUCCAGCCGCCGGACAGGGAGUCGCUCCCACCGUCAACGGGAAGGGGAUCGCCGUCGCCGUCGCAGUCACCGAACAGGAGGUCGCCGUCAUCUCAGCCCACGCAUCAUCCAACGUCUGGAUCGGCUGAGCCGCAGCCAGGACCUAGCGGCCUGCAAUGUGUCUCCUGUGGGCUGCGGGUACAGCAGGAGGACAGCUCCUGCAGGCUCUGUCAAAAAGCAAAGUCAGCGAAACGUCACCGCAGAGAGGCAUCAGCAGCGCAACAGCAGCAGGCGGCCAAGAUGCUGCGUAGAUCGCGGCAGUCUCGCCUCCUUGUCGGCCAAACCGUGAGGCUCGGCAUACCCGACGUAGACCGUGCCAGGAACCAGCCACCAAACAUUUUGGUAAUUAUAACUGAGGUUCGCGAAGACGGAUACACCUUGGGUACAGAGUACGGUCGCCUUUCCGGAGUUUACAGUCGUGCGUCACUCACUCCAUCAGACGUCGACUUUCUCACGCCAGAGUUCAUCCCGGAUGGCGAACCGGUGACAUUGAGGGAGGCAGCGCGGCGUGCGUCGGGGGGGCACCGGUCAAGGGAUACUCAAGUGCACCUGCAAACGUGUGUGCCGUGGGCGCUGCAAAUGUGUCAGCAGCGGACGAAUGUGCUCCUCGCGUUGCCACAAGAGCAGAACGUGCAAUAAUAAGUAAACUACUAAGUUACUA